GUCAGCACGUCAGAGGGUGACAUAAAGCGGAUGACUGGACUCAGAGCAAAGUGCAGACAGGAAGCUACUUCUGCAACUUUGUCUUCAUGAUCACCGACGCACGCCAUAAUGCAGCGGUGGUAUCGGUGUUGUGGUGAAGUCCGGGGUCGGCUAUGGCUCUUGCCGAUUGCCACUUUGUAUUUUUUGGCAUUAAGUGUCGCACCUGUGAUGUUACACCCGCAGUGUUUGGACUUUAAGCCGCCCUUCCAAUCGCAAAGGGAGCUGGCGUUUUGCGUAAUGUACAAAGAGUUUGGCUGCUGUGAUUAUGAGAAAGACCAGCAGCUGAUGGCAAAGUACUACCAGAUUAUGGAUAAUUUUGAUUAUUAUGGAUAUGCCAACUGUGCUGGAUUUGUCCUGGAGCUGAUCUGCCAGGAAUGCUCUCCCUAUGCAGCUCACCUCUUUGAUGCUGAGGACCCACACACACCAGUCAGGACUAUCCCUGGCCUUUGUCCAGACUACUGUUCCCAGUAUUGGAAGAAGUGCAGGGACACCAUCCCUCUCCUGUCUGACCACCCACACAUAGCUAAAGUCAAAGAAGACCAGACAAAUCUCUGUUGGUACCUGGAGCUAGGCGAUAUGGACUACUGCUACCCACACCUCCUCAGCAAACAGAAACUCACUCAGAACCUUGGUCGGGUUCAGUCAGACUCAGACGGCUGUCUGCAGCUGUGCCUGGAAGAGGUUGCAAAUGGGCUACGGAACCCACUCGCCAUGGUGCAUGCCAACGACGGGACGCACCGGUUCUUUGUGGCAGAACAGGUGGGAUUGGUGUGGACGUACCUUCCUGACCGGUCCAAAAUGGAGAAACCAUUUUUGAAUAUUACCAAGGCAGUGCUAACAUCAUCAUGGGAAGGUGAUGAGAGAGGGUUUCUGGGACUUACCUUUCACCCACAGUACAAGUACAACAGGAAGCUUUAUGUGUAUUACUCAGUGGAGGUGGGUUCUGAUGAGAGGAUCAGGAUCAGUGAGUUCCUUGUGUCAUCCAACGACAUGAAUGUGGUGGAUCACACCUCUGAGCGGGUCAUUCUCGAGAUCGAUGAACCAGCAUCAAACCACAACGGAGGGCAACUUCUAUUUGCAGAUGAUGGCUACUUGUAUAUCUUCACAGGAGAUGGUGGAAUGGCAGGAGACCCGUUUGGAAAAUAUGGGAAUGCCCAGAACAAGUCAGCUUUGUUGGGUAAAGUUCUACGAAUUGACGUGGAUGACAAUGAGAAAGGUCCAUUGUACAGAAUUCCUCCAGAUAACCCCUUCAUACAUGAGCAGGGAGCACGACCUGAGAUUUAUGCUUACGGUGUCCGCAAUAUGUGGAGAUGUUCUGUGGACCGGGGCGACCCUCACACGAAACAGGGCAAAGGUCGCAUCAUCUGCGGGGAUGUGGGCCAGAACAAGUUUGAAGAGAUCGACAUCAUAGAGAAAGGUCGGAACUAUGGGUGGAGAGCCAAAGAGGGCUUCUCCUGCUACGAUAAGAAGCUGUGUGCCAACAGCUCACUAGAUGAUGUCCUGCCUAUUUAUGUAUAUCCUCACAAGAUGGGCAAGUCAGUGACUGGUGGCUAUGUGUACAGAGGCUGUGAAUACCCCAACCUGAACGGCAUGUAUAUAUUUGGAGACUUCAUGAGUGGGCGUUUGAUGAGUCUACAGGAGGACACAAAUACAGGACAAUGGAAAUACAAUGAGAUCUGUAUGGGAAUGGGCAUGACCUGCACCUUUCCUGGACUCAUCAACAAUUACCACCAGUACAUCAUCUCUUUCGCAGAGGAUGAAGCUGGCGAGCUAUACUUCAUGUCAACUGGAGUACCAAGUGCUACAUCACCUUCAGGAGUCGUUUAUAAAGUGGUGGAUCCCUCAAGACGUGCUCCACCAAGACAAUGUCACUAUGAUCCUCUACCUGUCAGAGUGAAAAGUAACCUUAUCAAGUUUGUUCCCCAGGAAACAUUAAUCAGCAUCGAGCCACCAAGGAAAAAUGAGGAUGUGCCACAACCCACAGUGUCCACUGAUUGGCUCAGAGAGCUUAUAGACAGUUUGGAUGAAGUAGGACCAGGCCCAACCACCCCUUUGCCAACCACAACUACACCAAGAACACCCAGACAUUCAAGGCGAAAAGGCAGGCGCAGAAAGGGCAAGCCCAGAGUGCAGGGUGCGCCUGAGCUCCAGAAUGGAGCGGUGAGACUGGUUGGGGAUGAACAAGGCCGAAGUGACCAUGGACGGGUGGAAAUCUACAUAGACGGGGAGUGGGGCACCGUGUGUGAUGACCUAUGGACCAUCAAGAAUGCUGCAGUGGUUUGCCAACAGCUAGGUUUCCGGUACGCUCUAAAGGCAGCCAAGAAUUCAGAGUUUGGAGAGGGGAAGGAUCUGCAGAUUCUUCUUGAUGAUGUUCAGUGUGAUGGGACUGAGUCCAGCCUGCUGAACUGCAAACACAGUGGUGUGGGGUCACAUAAUUGUGUCCACUAUGAAGACGCCGGAGUGAUCUGUGGCAACUCGAACUACGUUGUAGAAGUCUAAAUGUUUGAUUACUAUAAAAUCAGAGCAGAUUAUAAUUAAUUGAAUCUACGCUAAAUGUCUGUCUUUUCAAUAAGCUCUUGGGGAAGAAUGUUCUCCUUCCCUUGAUCAAGAAUACCAACACAUAGCGAUGAGCCAUCAAAUUUCCAGCAGCAUAAAUCUUAAGUGACAUAAAUCUGAUCUGAAAUUGCUGUAUUUUGUCAAAUAAAAAGGAAAAGGAAAGGAAA